GCGUGGGCGGGGGUUCCCGACCGGCUCCUCUGAGUCCGGUGUGCGGUCGUCUUGGUCGGCCAUGACGGUCCUGACAGAGGCCCACGCCUCCCGCCAGCAGGAGAUGGAUUCACUGACACACCUCAGCAAAAGGCUUAACAGGGAGAGCCUGAAGCUGUUGUUUCUUUACAUCAGGCUCGCCACGUUCAGAGCCCAGACGGAGAGCAGCUCCUACGGAGCUCUGCUUGCAGCACGACAGCUCUGGGAGUCCUGGCCGUGUGUCAGCAACACGGGCAGCCGGCAGGAGAUGGUGGAACAGUGGCUUCAUGGCGAUGAGGACGAGAAGGAGGAAGAGAUACCCAUCUCAGUGUCACCGCAGCAGGCUGUGCUGCAGCUGCUGGUUCUGCAGCAGAAGGCGGAGAGGCAGUACCUCCUGGGACUGCUGCGUGGCGUCUCCCUACACCAGCUCGAGGGACAGGGGAACCAGUGCCCUCUAAAGGACAAGGAAAAACAAAGGCCUGGUUCUUUAAAAGACGGCUGCCUCAGAAGGCUGCAACACAUCGGUGGCGACCUCCAGACACAUGCUGCACUCCGACAGUCGAACUCUCCACCACCGCGGACGCAGCCCCCCCAGAAUGAGAGCCAGGAGGGGGUAGGCGGCUGGUCCACAGGGACGGCCAACCGAUGGGGAGAGAGCGCUGUGAUCCUGCUGAGGCAGCUGGCAGACCGCCAGGAGGCCCAGGCUUCUACUGCGCUGCCAUCGCUGCUCCACAUGAGCAUGGAGCAUCUUCAGGCUCUGAGAGACAAAUAUCGGUCGGAAUUCCAAACGCAGCAUUUUGCCAACCUGCACAACAUCCUCAGUCCUGACGUUCCCGAGUCCUCAGUGGUCGAGGUGGGGUUGGGGAUAAGCCAGGCUGGGCCAAUCACAGAACUGAACAGCAAUGCUGGCCUUCACAAUAAAAGCGCUGCAGCUCCCGCGGAGAGCAGCGUCCCAUCACACGAGGGACCUGCAACUGAACCAGGACCAGUACCAGGACCAGUACCAGGACCAGUACCAGUACCAGGAACCAUACCAGGACCAGGAACCGUACCAGUACCAGGAACAGUACCAGGACCAGUACCAGAAGCCGUACCAGGACCAGUAGCCAUACCAGGACCAGUACCAGAAGCCGUACCAGGACCAGUACCAGAAGCCGUACCAGGACCAGUAACGGCCGCUGAAGAGGUUUUUCCGAGACAGGAUCUCUGCACAGGCUGCGGUGCGGCCCUGGAGGAGCUGCCCUACCUGGAGAUCCUGUGCGUCUCGGACGGCGCCGCGACCCACCGCGGGCGCCCUGAAGAGGAAGGGAGCGACGAGGAGGAAGAGCGAGGGGAGAGCCGCGGGAGAGCGCCGCAGGGCUACGAGAAGCAGGGCUCUCUGAUCACGUCGGCGUGGAGCAAGCAGACGCAGUGCCACCCCGAGGCGGCCGGGGGCGGUCCAGGGGAGUGCAGCGUCCACCUGGGGACGGGGGACGAGGACGAGGCCGGGGAGCACAUGGAGGUGUUGGUGGAGCCGCCGCCGGGUCAGCCCGGGGUACAGGUACUACGCUGACCACAGUAUCUUCUUCUGCCGUACGUCCGUACGACCUUCCGCUCUGUUGAGGCGAGCCAGUCCAGCGAGCUGUGAUCACGGUCAAUUAAACGACGUCGCCGUUCGGGAGUCGGUGUUUGCUAGUUGUGCAACUAGUUCAAAUGUGUUCCAGUUUGUGGUGGCUCUCAACAGUAUCAUACAAUAUGAUGUACGUAGGGCCUGGCAGAUUUUGUUAUUGCACUGCCAGUCUUCCUAAGAAAAUGUAAUCCAUUAGGAGUGAUCUUCUGAAGGAUCGUUAUAGUAUUUGAAAUGCUUAGGGUUGUGCGAUGUCUUUUCGGCCUUCGAGACCCUAAUUGUGAUCAGGGAAAAAUAUCUAAUCGCAAC